CACAAGUUUAAAAUUAAAUUAUUUCCGUAUUCAAGAGCGGAGUACAACUACUUCAAGUACAAUCAUAUUGUGUAGAGGUCAAUAGGUAUGGUUACAUUCGAUUUAUUAUAAUUCAAAACAUUACAUUUUAUUUUUGGUGAUGGGCGUGUAUCGUUUGAAAAUAUGGUCAACAUUUCGUGUGAAUCUCCUGGUUUUUGAUCGAAUCAUAGAUUCCGCGGUACCUACUGUAUUUAUUUGGUUUUACCUAUUAUUUAUUCAAAUUCAAUUAAUUAAAAUAAUAUUAUUUAUUUGUCGAUUCAAUUGAUAAAUUAUUAUAUCAUCCACGUGGUUCACGGAAAUUAUAUUGUUGACGUUGAUGAACUUGUUUGUGUGCUUAAUUUUGUAAUGGCCUUUUACGUAAUAAAUGGUGAGUAAAAAUUUGAUAUUUAAGUCUGUACUCGAAUUAAUAUUUUAUCUAAAUAUACCUAUGUAGGUGCUAUAGGUAUCGGUGUACACCAAGACCAAAUAUAUCGCCGAUAUUUUCACUUUUUUUUUUCUUUAACAAGGUGACGUCUGAAUACGUCCUUAAAAUAUAUUUUUGUUUUUCUUUUAAAAACAACUUAUUAUUUUUUUAUUAUUUAGAAAAAUUUUCACUAGGUAGGUAUUUGGUAUUGAUUUUGGUCGGACGAUUUUAUAUUUUAUAUUCUGUGAACCACUGUGUAUCAAACCCAAGAUACGCCAUCAACCCCCUGCUACAUAUUUUUUCAAUAUUUUUUUUCCAUUAAGAUUACAUUGUUUCCAUAAUGAUAUAUAUAUUUUUAAAAUUGCUAAGUUAUAAAUUCAAAUCAUGUAGGCCUAUUUAAAAAAAUGAAUAUGUGUUCUUAAUAUUGUGUAAUAAUAUAUUUUAGAGCAAGUACAUCCCACUUAAUAUAGACAGUUGCUUAAUAUGAAUAUCAUGGUCUAGUCUUGAUUCUAAUGUAUAACAAUAUUAAUUGUGGUUAAAAUAGGCAAUCGCUUAAUGUGGGCAAAUGUAACUGUGGUCCCAAUGUGCCCACAUAAAGUAGAAUCCACUGUACAUAUAUCCAAAUGUGGAUAUAUCUACCACUGUACAUAUAUCCAAAUGUGGAUAUAUCUACUGUUUUCCUAGCUUGCCAACAUUGAAAUUACUAAUUAAAUAGGUUGUUUGUAUAUUAUUUAAUAAUUUAUUGGAAUGAUUCUAUAAAUUAAUAUCAUCAACACUACUUGAAUAAUACUUUAUUUAGUUUCUUGAUUCGAAUUUUUGUUUUGAUGUUGUUUUGACUGAUAUUUGAGUUUAAAAAUAUUUAUACUGUUUACUUAAGAUAUCAAUUUAUACUGUAUUUUAUGACUAUUACAGUAGCUUUAUGUAUUUCCCUAUGAUUACAAAUAUUUAAUAUUGCACUAUUCUGUAUUAUUAUUUGAUUAUUAUGUAAAAUGUAUUGAAAUAAACUAGGGAAGCAGCAUAUUAACAAAUAUCAUAACUAGGGUAGAGAACUCAUAAGUCACCAAAUAUGCACUUAUAUACUCAAAGUAUGCAUUUAUAUGCUAAGGACAAUAACUCAAAAUUUUAAAUUUUAAUAAAUGUAUUUUUAUUAAGUUAGUAGUUUAAACACUUUUUGCAUUUAUAUCGCAGCACUGAAAUGAGAAACUUAGUAUUCAAAAUAAUAAUAAAACAAAUUAUUUUAAUUUUUAAGAUUUACUUAUUAACGCACAAGUUUUUUUGGUGACAUGGUAGUUUAAUCACGAUACAGAAAAUUCCCACUUUAUGAAGAAUGUCCAAAAACACUUAUUUACAUUGUCAUAUAUUGCGAUGUACAGUGUUCAUGUAGUGAUUCCAAUUUUGGUUUUUCAAAUGAGAACCUAUAUUAUAAAUUUCAUAACUAGAUGGAGUAUUACUUAAAAUAAAACUUGGUGUCAAAUUUUUGAUUUCCGUCAACCCAUUGAAAAGUUAUUUCAUUUUUAAGUUCAGGUAGCAGGAGAGUAAUGGAGAACUAAUACAACAUUACAGGAUACUCCUUUAAUGCCUUGAAAAAUCUGAAUUUUUAAAAUAUUGGCUUUAACUACAUUUAAAAAUUCCGAAAAUCAGAAUUUUAAUCUAAAAUUGAUGUGAGCACGCUUAGUAAAUCAUCUUGCAUAUAUAUUAUCAUAUAACAUUAUAUUUAUAUUAAACAAAUUAAAUUGCUUUAUAAUAGUCUAUAGUAGUCUUUAGUAGCAGUAGCUAUAGGAAAAUUCUGUAGGCAGAGCUGUGUUAAGGGGGGGCAAAGGGGGUAAUUUCCUCUAGGCGCUGUAGUUUUGUAAAAGUAAAGGGGCGUUUUUAUUUGCGUUUAUUAUGCUACCUGUGGUCAAAUGUGUUAUAAUUUUAUACAUAAUAAACUAAGGACAGAGUGACGUAAUAAAUUUAUUUAGCCUUUCUUAUUGAAAAUCUCUACAAAAUCCAUUAUAAAAAAUUGUCUACUGUCUACAACAGCAUUCUUCAAACCUUUUUCAUUUACGUACCCCUUGACCUCUCAUCACUGCUUUACUUACCCCAAAAUAUCAAUUUGUCCUAUAUUUUUAUACAAUAUAGAUAAAGAAUUUAAAAAUAAGUUUGAUAAUGGAAAAUUUGGAUACAUUUAUUUAUUUAAAUCAGCAUGCGUACAAUGUAUAUAUAUAAAAAAAAUUUUUUACGAUUGAAAUUGUGUCGAACAAUGUUUGAGUUACCCAAUUAAAUAAAAUUAAGUGUAAACUGUGUCUAUAUUAUAUUAUAAUUACCUAUAGUAUUAUACACUAACAUUGUGAAAAUACGAUUUUUAUGUCGAAAAUUAUUAAAUAUUUCACAAAUAAAAAACCAUUUCAAAUACAUAAAAAUUUCAUUUUUUUCGCGUACCCCAAGGGUAAGCAUAUCCUUGGUUGAGAAACUUUAGUCUACAGUAUCCAAAAGUUAAAAUUAUUUAUCAAUAUUUUUGAUAUUAGUUUUUCAAUUGUUUUUUCAAAUAUAGGUUUUCUUUAAACUUAAAAAUAUUUGAUUAACUUUAAACUAAUCCCCUUAAGUGUAUGACUUAUUACUUUCGGUAGUUUUAAUUUGACUUGUUCCCUAUCACACAUGACUAAUUUAUACUUAUAUGCAUUUUGUUCUAAUAGAUACAACAUCUUUUACUCAAUAUAUUAAUAAUUAUUAGAAUUAUAUUAUAUUAGGAGCUGUUUAUUUUAAAACAAUAAUAUGGCCAUUAUUAUUUUUAUUACAUUUGUAAAUAAAAAGAUAUUUAUUUUUAAAUAUCUAAGGUAGUAAAAUACAACUACUUUAUUAUUUUUUAAUUUAAUAAUAAUCACUAUGUUAAAAUAAACAUUGUAAACCAAUUCAUUCCUCCCUCUACUCAGAAUCUAAAAUAAAAAGGAAUAUUGAAACAAGAAUAUUAAAUAAAAUGGGUUUUGCCAUAUUUAUCACAUGGAAGUUUUUAUUAACAGAUAAAGUGUUUUUGUAGUGCACUUAAAAUGGGCAAUUAGUAAUAUGACAGUGUAUGAAAAUUAUAAUAUUCGUUUUCUCUACAUGGCUCCCAGUUAGUAUAGGGGCAUUUUAUAUUCCACAAUAACAUAAAUGUUAUUAAUACUUUUUAUCUUUGAUAAUGUGUUUUUCAAAUUUAUUAUCAAAAUUGAAUACAUAUCAAUGUAUAUUUCUCUGUCCAAUUACACGGACAUAACACGCUUGGUUGAGAAAUAAUUUAUUUCUUAUUCAAAUAAUAUUUUUCUAUUGGAUUUUUUGUCGUGUAUAAAGAAUAAUGUUGUCUAUAUUUUAUGUAAAUAAUUUGUCAGAAAUAUAGUUUAUUAGAAAGACUUUAAUAAUAAUAAUAAAAAACAAAUUUUAUUUUUAUUAAUAGUUGUAUUUAAUAAUAUUAGGUACAAUUAAAUAUUAUUUUAAAAAGUAUGUAUACAAAAUAACACAAUGUAUAAAUAAGAGUAAAAUAUUUCCAAACAGUAUUUGUAUUAACAAUCCUAUAUUUGUCUUUUAUUAUAAUAAAAUAUAUUUGAUAAAAGGUUAAUAAUAAUUAUUUUUGUUUUACAUUAUAUCUUUAUACAUAUUGUUAAAAAUUUAAUUAUUGAUGUGUCAAUAUUGUAUCAUAUUAAAUUAUUGACUGUCUUAUUAUAUAUUGUGAUAUCAAUGUAUAGAUAUAAACUUUUUCAUCUAUAUGUACUUUUACAUCUAGAUUCAUUCAACAUUUAAGCCCACUCUAGUGAGUGGAGUUUCAUUUCAAAGACUGAAACACAUGAAAUAAUAAAUAAAAUUAUUUUAAUUAGCUCCAUUUUUUUGCUCUCUCUCACACUAGUCUUUAUAAACAGUUUCUAUUGAUCCUUUCAGACUGACCACGUGUUCCAAUCCUCAGGGUGAAUAUUCCAUCUAGAUAUAUGGACAUGAAGAUAGUCUAUGUACAUAAAGUAUUAUUGUAUUGAAAAUAGAUCUCCCUGUCAGUUAGACUGGAGGGGAAGUAAAUUUUUGGACAUACAAACAUACUUCUCAUCUGUAUUAUUUGAUGCCAUGACUACCUGUUAAUCACUUAUCUAUUAACUUAACCACUUAUUUAAAUUGGUUAAACUGUGAAUCUGUGGAAUUUACUUACUACCAGAGUUAGAAAAAGGUAUAUUUCCAAUACACAAUACAUAAACAAAAUGGUUAUACUAAAAAGCUAUACAUCAGGAACGCUCCUAAUAACUUAUUUUAAACUAGUCAAUUGUCUGUAAACUGCUUUAUGAUUAAUGUAUUGUGGGCAUUUGGAAAUAAAGUCUAUUAAAUAUUGUGAACACUAUUUGGGUAUAAAUCAUGUACACUUCAUAGACUGGAUUACUUUCCUGGGAGAAGUGUGUGCAUGCUAACUUAGAGUAAAAUUGUGAAUUAAUAAAUCGAAAGUUCUGCCAAAAUUUUAAAAAUUGACUAGAGAAGAUUUUCUAAAACAAAAUUGAAUAAUAAACUAGUAAUAAUGACUGGAUAAUUAUGCCACAGAUUUGUAGUCAAGAUAACAGAAUAGUACCCUUAUCUCUUCUUCUACCAUCUACAUUAUCUUUCUCUUCUCUAGUUUACAGAUUUUUUAUAACUAUCAACUUUCAUCCAUCUGUCAUUCUAAUUCAAUUGAAUUUUUUUAAAUCAUGUUACAGUUUUAAAGUAAUUAAAUUUAACAUACCUAAUAUCAUGGCUGAAGCAAGUUUAUCACAGUUAAAUAAUUUAUUUUUAUUUUCUUAUUUCUGUCAACUAAUUUUACCAAUGCAAUACAAAUUAUGUACAAACCUAUGUUGUCAUAUUUGUGCCAAUUUUGAUCGAAUUAUUUAUUUAUUUUAUUUCAGGCUUAAAAAUAAUUUAGGUAGGUACCUAAAUAAAAUAAAUGUUACUAAAUACAUGUUAUUGGGGCUACGCAAAUUCUCAAUUCAUAUUGUAUAAGUGUCCCACAAUGAUCUGACACUUAAAAUAACUUGUUCUAUUCAAUAUUUUUUUUUUUUUAAAUAAUUAGAGAAUGUCUUUGCGCUACAGUUAAUAUAUUAAAACAACAUUUUUAGGUAGAUAACUAAAUAAAACAAUUUAGAAACAUGUUUAGUAAAUACAUUUUUCAAAAACAAAUAAUUUUUUUUUUUGUAAUUCAUAUGUAACAAAAUUCAGAUAUACCAUUCUGAAUCUCCAGUCUUUUUAAUUAUGUUAUAAGUAAAUCCCAUUGUAAUUUGAAAGUAUCUUAUAUAUAUAAUACAAAUACUAUCUUACUAAUAUUAGUAAUUAAUCAAAUAUAUACUAAUAUAAUUUCCUUACCUUCUAUAUAGUCAUAACUCAUAAUAGACAAAAUAUUUUGCCAAUAUCUAUAACUAAAAAUAGUUUAUAAAAAAUUGAGAUUUUCUAUUAAAAAUAAGAUGAUUUAAACCAGUGGGUGGUAUAUUUUCAAUCUAAUAGUUGUCAUAAUAUAUUAAAUAUUACCUAAUUUCUUAAUUAAAAUAAUAACAUAAUCCAAUCUGUUCACAAUAAUAAAUUUAAAUAUACUCGCCAGUUUGAAUUACAUUUUUUUUUUUUAUAUAGAAAUAACUCAAUUUUUUUUUGUGCCAUCAACUUUCUUUUUCAAGAGAAAUCUUACUCCGAUGUGUAACACUUUUUAGAAAAAAAAGAAUUUAAAGAACUUUUAAAGAAUAAUUUAAUCUAAUCAUUGUUGAUUUUCUAAGUGGUUUUCAAAAUAAUUUGGAAAAUUGAUAAGACAAGAUAAAAUGAAAAGACCAAUAUUUACUGGGUUAUGGAUUUCAUUGUUUUUAAUUUUUUUCUACUAGAAAUAAUGCUUUAUUAAAAAAAAUGACUAUAGUCUGUCCAAGGAGAGAACGGUCCGCUGAUGCGCAUGUUUUCCCCCUCUACAUAACUUGAUUUCAGCGAAGGUAGCCGAUUGUCAUUUCUUCCGUCGUCGGUUUUUGACUAUACACCGCAUCCUAUAAAACAUCUUUAAGUUUUGUUAUUAUUAUCAGACAUCGCGCAUCGCACGUUUUUUUACCUUUGCUUUUUUAUAACCUGUUGAUGAUUUUUCAAAUCGUAAACUAUCGUAUAUACAAGCACCUUUUAUAAUAAUCCAGAUUUUGUUUUUUUUGUAUACAUAUUUAUUUAUUUAAUAUUUAAUUGAACACUGUAGGUAUAAUACAGAUAUAUAUAUAUACUCGCCGUUAUUCAUUUUAAAAUAAUUAAAAAAAUUGAGAAAAAAGUAAAAAUUACCAAACGGUACAAAAAAGUAAACGCUGUAUAAAUGACGUGUGCGUACACCACGACAAUUGGCGACAAAACAGUGGACUAUCGACAGUCAACAGUGCAUUAUUUGAAACGCAGUGUACAACACCUGCACCACUUCUGCGGUCGCCGUUGCAACGCUGUCGAUAGAUCCGGGAGGGAAUAAAUGGAUAGUGUUGCGGUGUGGGGAUGCGCAGUAGCGUUUCGAUUUGGUCGGAGAGCGGACCGUUCUCUCCUGGGACAGACUAUAGAGGCCUUUUUUGUUGCAUUUUAGAUUUAGUCACUGAUGAAGUCUUGGUUUGAUUUUCAUUGUAGUUUUCUUAGAAUACAGUAAAACAGAAAAAACAAAUGCAGAAAUAACCUGAUAUUUAUUAUCUUUAUUUUUUUGUUGUAAUUCAGUUAAAAUUAUUCCUGCAGACUUCUUGAUAUUUUGACAGAAAACUUAUAAUUGUUCUUUUUCUAGAUAUAGUAAAUACUUGAAAACGUUUAAUGAUUUUUAGCCAUUUAUAAACAUUAAUUUAGUUUUUAAUUGGUAGGUACUUUAUGGACAUAAUAUCCACAUCUUGACCAAUCAGAAAUGCAUACAAAUUUAACAGGAGGUUUAUUAUAAGUUGUACUUAGUGAUCAGAAAAAUAAAAGUAGAUUGUAAUGUGGUAAUUUUUUUUUCUAAUUGUUUUAAGAUAAAAUUUUAAAGAAGAUUGUGAAUAUUAUGGCCUUAAUAAAUCAUGUAUAAACUUUGUUCAGAUUUGUGUUUUCGUUAACAAUGAUUGAUUGUUGCUUACAGAUAUUUAUUGAAUAACUGUAUUUAUUCUACCUACCUAACUUCGUAUCUACUACAGUAUUAGCUUAUUUUUUUUCAAUAGCCUUAUUUACAUAAUAUAACUUACUAUUUGAUUUAAGACUAUUUCAAAAUAGAUGUACAAAAUAUAUUUUUGUUUCUUUUAUAAUAAUAAUUUUAGUUCUUUUUUUUAUAGUUCAUACUUCUAAUUUAAAAUGGAUCCAAAUAAUCCUAUAAGACCGACUAGAGGAAAGGCUCGUGGACGUCCAGCACAACCACCAUUAAUGCCUCAAAAUCAGCCAGGAGAAUCUAGUCAAUCUGGACAAUUUCAAGGAGCUCGACAUACUCAGUUUAGUCAGGCCCAAGGAACUCGACCAAUGCAACCAACUCAGUUCGGCCCAGCUCAUGGAAUACGACCAGUGCAACAUACUCAGUUUGGCUCAGCUCAAGGAAUUCGGCCAAUGCAACAGAGUUCAUCUGGUCAAUUUCAAAGUCGACCAAUACAAUCAACUCAAUUUGGCCAGUCUCUAGGAGGUCGACCAAUGCAACCAAGUCAGUUUCGAGGGCCUCAUCCAAUACAAGUCACACAACAGCCAGUAAGGCCAUUACCUCCUCAUUCAUAUCCAUCUAUGCAAUCACAAUCAAUACAGCCCCAACAAAUGCAACCCAGUUUUGGUCAAGGUAUUUCCCGUCCACUUCGUCAAAUGCCACCACGGCCGACUGGGCCACCACAACAAAGAGCACCUAGACCAAUAAUAGCACCAAGGAUGGAAUCUUCUGGCGAUGGUCCAGAUUCUGCAAUGGCAGGAGUAAAAAUAAAUUAAUUUUAUUAAAGAAUAAAUAUUGAAAUGUAGUAACCAUGUUUAUUUUUUUCAGGUGCAACAGAUAACAGAAGGAGUUAAAAACUUGGCUGCUGGUAAAGUUUAUUAUUUUAGUUGGAUGGUUUUAUUUUGUUAACAUAUUUAACCAUGAUGUAUUUAUUAAUUUUACAUUACCUAUUGAAAUCAAUAAACAAAUUUUAAGCAAAUAAUAUUUUUACCUUCAAGCUAAUAACUUAAGGGGUUUUAAGGUAUUUUUUUUUUUUAUAUAUUUAGAUUAACAUGCUGAAGAAAAAAUACUUGAUUUUAUUAGUUAGUAGCCUAAUUUUAAUUUUGGAAAAUAGUCUUUGUUUUGCCAAAAAAAGAACUAAACGCCAUCUUAAAACCAUUCUCUAAUUAAUGUUACCAUUUCUUACUAUUUAAAUUCAUAGGAGACUCUGCACUAAUACCAAUUGGUCGUGGAUCUGUUCGUGGACGGCGACAAUUAGAUAUUGAACAUUUUCGUACACCGAGACCACAAUCUUCUUUGGGAGUUACUGGAAAACAAGGUAUAUUGUAAUUAAUUAAGCUACUAUUUUCCAAAUUAAUAUUUAAUUUUUGCUAAGCAUUAUUAUUCAAUUAUUUUAUAAGAAAUUAUUUAACAUUAAUUAAAGUUAUAAAAUUAUAUAAGUAUAUAAUAUAUAAUAGUUUCCUGUUUAUUAAAAUUCAUAUUGUUAUUUUGCUUAUUAGGAAUUUCUGGGCAACCAGUUAAACUGAUGGCAAAUUAUUUUCCAAUUAUAUCAUAUACAAAUUGGUGUUUAUACCAGUAUAGAGUCGAUUUUGAUCCUGAAGAGGAUAGGAUUGGUACAAAAAGAGGUUUAUUGUCUCAACAUAAAGAACAAUUAGGAGGAUAUUUAUUUGAUGGAACAAUGUUAUUUUCUGGCACCAAAUAUGAUCCAGAAGUGAGUAUGGAAUUUGUAAUCUAUUUCUCUCUCUUAAAUUUGUAUUAAUGACUAUGUUAUUUUUAGAGUUUUCAAUUAAUUUCAACUCGUCGGUCCGAGGAUGUAAAAGUGAUAAUUAAUAUAAAAUAUACAGCUAUCAUUGAAACUGGUGACUAUGCGAACAUUCAAGUUUUCAAUUUACUUUUACGAAAUUGUCUUAGACAUCUCGAUCUUAAAUUAAUUGGGAGAAAUUUCUAUGAUCAAAAUGCUAAAGUAAUUUUCUUAUUAUUUUUUUUUGGUAUACUAUGUUUUGUUAUCAUUAAUUUUUCGUAUUCAUUGUUUAGAUUGAUAUGGUGCAACAUAAGUUACAAUUGUGGCCAGGUUAUGAGACAUCAAUUGGAAAAUAUGAAAAAGAUAUUUUACUAUGUGCAGAAAUAUCUACUAAGGUUAUGCGUCAGGAAACUGUUUUAGACUUCUUAAAUCAAUGCACUGCUGAUAGAAAUAGAAAUCAAGAUUGGAUGGUAAAUUUGUAUUAAUAUACCUUAUUUACUUUGGGUAUUUACAAUACUAAUAAAAUAUUUGCUUGACUUGUACUAUGAGUAGAAUGACAAGUCUGCUCUUAACUAUGCAAUCUAACCUAACAUUUUUAACACACUUUUAGAAUUUUUGAUAGAGUAAGAAAUUUUUGUGUUUCAUUAACAUAUAGAAUCUAUUAAAAAAUAAUUUCUUUGCUUGUUAGUGCAUAUUUUGACAUUCGUGAAUAUUCUGGCUUAUGGUACAUAUUAAAGAAUAUUUUAGCAUAUUUUGGUUAUAUUGGACUAUUGGAUUAAAUUACAGAAAUAUUGAGUUUUUAGUUUAGUAUAGUUUAUUUUUAGUUAGCAAUUCAGUAAUUUACUGUGACAAAUAAUUAUUUGUAAACUCAUGAAUAAAUAUAUUUUUAUACUAAUGUACCCAAGAAGUCACAAUAAUUAACUAUUGAAUCUAUUAACUACUAUCUAAGAAUUUUUUAAUAUUUUGAGACAAUUUUAUAUAUUCUUGCUGUAUAAAAACAUUUUUAAUAAAAAGAAUAUAAAUCCAGACUCUGGUUAUAGUAUUCAUAAUUGUAUUUUCCUUUUAUAUUCAAUCAAAAUUGUUGAUUAUGCACAAUAAGAAUUUAUUUUUAUUUUAUUUAAUUAAUUAUUCAUGGUUAGAUAACUUUUAAGUCUGGUAUUGUUGGAGCUACUGUGAUGACAUCAUACAACAAUGAAACAUAUCGCAUAGAUGAUAUAGAUGAAAAUGCUGAUCAAUCUUCUGAAUUUAUGAAAAAAGAUGGAUCCAAAAUGACUUAUAGUCAAUAUUACAAAGAAGUUAGUAUAAAGUUAAAUUACGUCUUAUUUAAAUUUUACUACACUUGGAAGGUAUGUUAGUAUCGUUAAUUUAUUGCAAUUUUUAUAGAAAUGGAAUUUGACAAUACGUGGAGGUAAACAACCAAUGUUAAUAUCUAAGAAUAAAAAAGCUACCCGUCGAUUUGGAAAUGAGGAUACCUUAGUAUACCUUGUUCCUGAAUUUUGUAUUAUGACUGGCAUAACUGAUGCUAUGAGGUAAUUUUAUAAAUUAAAGUACAAUGUUUAAAUGUUCUCUUCUUUUAGAUUGAAGCGAGGGAUCUCUUGGUUUCUAUUAACUUAAAAUUGGGAAAAACUGGAAAAAAAAUGUUAGGUUAAAUGGUAUUUAUAGCAGUAUUUAUGGUAUUUUUUUUUAUUAAUAUUUUGCUUUUGACAGAAUAAGUCCUUUUUUGAUAUCCAAAGUAGUUUUCCAAAUAAUUGGAAAACUAAAAAGUUAAAAUUGAUUUUUAAUAUAUUUAAUUAGUGUUUUUUACCAGAAAUAUUACUCCAAUCAAAAAAUGAUAAGUGAUCGAUUUUAUUCCUUUUAACACAUAGCUACUGACAGAGGUAAUCCUUUUUUGAUAUCUAAAGUUUAUUUACAUUUUUUAGACAUAGCUUUAGGUAAAGCUUUCAGAAUAUUUAGCUAUUUAUAGAUAUUUUAAUUUGCUAAAUUUUUUUAUGUUAUUUUUAUUUGUUGGGUUUUAUUGAUAAAAUUGUUAGAUUAAAUAAAAUGCUUGAGAAUUUGAUAGAAGGUCUAUUAUAAAUCAUACUUAGUAGUUAGAAAAUAAAUUGAGCGUUUUCUUUUUUUUUUAUGUAAGAGUUAUAAUUUAAUUUUGAUGAAAAUUGUAUAUAUCUCAAAAAAUGUCUAAUAGAACUUUCAAAUCUUCAUUAAUAGUUUUAUCACUGAUUAUAGGCAUAAAUUAAAUAACUAUGUAUCCUACUUUCCCCUUCACCAACAACAGUAUUAGCUUUUUUUUUUCUUUGUUCUAAUUCAUUUGAUAUGAUUUAUAGAAACAAUUUUACUCUGAUGAAGGAUAUGGCAAUACACACGCGUGUAAAUCCAGCUGAAAGAAUGAAAAGAUUGAUGAAUUUCGCAAAUCGUCUUCUUGCUUCUAAGGAGGUAAUUUUUUUUAUAGUUUUGGAGAUAAAGAUUUAUUUAAUUUAAUAAAUGAAAAUUUUUAAAUUUGCUUUAAACUAUUUUUCUGUAAUUUGUAUUUAAUUAUUAAUUGAGUAAAUAAUAAAUCUAAAGUUAUAUAUAAUAUAACAUCCAUUUAAAAAUAUAACACUAUAAUCAAAUGUAAGGAGCAAAAAAUGAAAUAAAAUGUUUUUGUAGUGUCACUAUUUUUUUUUUUUACUUAAAAUAUUAAUGGAUACAAUUAAAUAUACUUUAUAAUUGAUAUUUCUUUAAUUUUAGUCUGUGUCUGAGCUAAAAAAGUGGAAUUUAACUUUAAGUAACCAGUUAGUUGAUGUCCCUUCACGUGUAUUAGCUCCUGAACAAAUCAAAAGUAACAAUAAAUCAUAUGAUGGUGGUUUUGAAGCUGAUUGGACCAGACAUUUACGCUGUUUACCCAUGUUUACUAAUGCUUCAGUAAAGUCUUGGGUUAUUGUAGCUCCUCAAGACUUUCAAAAAGAUGUAGAAUCAUUUUCACAAACUCUUUCUAAAGCAGCCCAAGGAAUGUCAUUUACAUUGCCAAAGCCAAAUUUGUAAGUUAUUUGUUUUCAUUUAUUAAAAAACCAAAACCACAUUUAAAUAAUGUGUAAAUGUAAUAGUUGAUUUUUUUUUAGAGCCUUUAUGAGAGAUGGGCGAUCAGCCACAUUUCUUGUACAUCUAGAGCAAGUAAUUAAUGAAAAAAAUCCUACUUUGAUUUUAUGUGUUAUUCCAUCAGCACGUGGUGAUAUUUACAGUUUGAUUAAGCGUAAAUUAUGCAUUGAUAGAGCUGGUAAAUUUGACAUAGUCAAUAUUUUUGAUUUCAUGUGAUAUGUAUUCAUCUGAAAUGUAUUUUUAAGGGGCAAUUUUUUUUUUAAAAAUAAUUAUAUUAAUGGUAAUUAUGUUUGUUUUCAGUUCCAUCACAAGUAGUACUAGCAAAGAAUGUACAAAAAAAUAAUCUUUCUGUGUGUACUAAAAUUGCUAUUCAAUUGAACUGUAAAAUCGGAGGUGCUCCAUGGCUAAUCACCAUUCCUAAAAAGGUUUGAUUAUAUUAAUAUAUAUAUAUUAUUCACGUGAGUAAUUGAAUGGAAUUUUUCAGGGUAUUAUGAUAGUAGGAUUUGAUGUAUGUCAUGACAGUCAACGUAAAAAUAUAUCUUAUGGUGCCUUGGUAGCUACAAUGAAUGACACUCACACUAAUUAUUUCAGUUGUGUAGAACCCCAUGGAAGUGGAGAAGAAUUAUCAAACCAUUUUGCUACUGGUAUAAGUAGUAAGUAAUGUUUCAUUUUUAAUUUUGUAUUGUACUACUAGUUUUUACUUAGUGGUUCUAGUACUUGGAAUAUUUUUUGAACUAUAACUUGUGAAUUUAUAAUUUGUCUCAUCAUUUUACCACUUGCCAUUAUGAUUGUUUAUAAAAUAUAUGAAAAGAUAUUGUGUACCCCAUUCCUAUAUAAUUAGAAAUAAAUAAUUAAAUUAUAUCUAAGAUUUAUUUUAUUUUUAACUACAUAUUAAUUUUGUAAAUUUCAGAGGCUUUACUAAAAUACAAAAGCAAAAAUGGGGCAUUACCUACUUCUAUUGUCAUAUACAGAGAUGGUGUUGGAGAAGGACAGAUUUCCCAUGUCCAUAAAACUGAAAUAAAACUGCUAAAGGUUAGUAUUUUUGAUAAGUGUUCACUAGUUUAUGUAUAUAUUUACUAUAUGUUAAUUUUUUUUUCAUAGACUGCUUGUGAAAAAUUCUAUGGUCCAUCUUCUGUCCCUUUGGCUUUCUUAAUAGUUACGAAACGUAUCAGUACACGGUUUUUCGCCAUGUCUAAACAAGGACCUGUAAAUCCUCAACCUGGUACUAUAGUUGAUAGUGUAGUCACAGAUCCAACUAAGUAAGGAACAUAAUUUAUUUAUUUUUUAAUUUUUUAAAACAAUUGCAAUGUAUGUAAGUAAUAAAUUAUAUUAUAGUAAAUACUUAGGUAUUUUUUUUUUCUUUUUCAUAUUCUCAUAUUAAUCAUAAUUAGGAAUGUAUAUCAUUUACUAUGUGUGGGUUUUCUUCAUUUUUUUUUCAUUACCUUAUCAAAACUAUCUUGAUCUUAAAUUUUUGGAGUAGUCUGAUAGAAAUUUGGUCUAAUUUGUGCAUUGUGGAGGCCCUUUAUUUUGAUGUUUUCAAAAUUUUCUUAACAUUGAAGGAACUAAAUAUAAUAUUUACACAAUAAUAGUUUAAAAAAAAAUAGGCCUGUUUUGAGUUAUGUCACUUUAAUUGUCACCGGCUUAGAUUCUCAGUUAUUUAUAUAGAGAUAAACUCUUUAGCUGUAGUGAAACUAAAUUCUGUUGUAUAAAUCAUGUUUUAAAUUUUAUCCGUUGAUAAAAAUGUUCUUAAUCUAGAGUUAAAUUACAAGCCCAGUUAUCUUAUAAACAUUUAUUUGUAGUUAAAUUUUGUUAUUAAUGCCUGGUUGCAAAUUUUAUAUUAUUAUAUUAGUUCAUAUUUCUGAAUUAACCAAUGAAGUCCAUUAGCCUGGAAUCUUUGUGUUAGUCAUAGAGAAUUAUUAGUGUGACCAAGCUUCUAUGCAACAGCAACUCCCACCAUUUUCCCGUCAAUGUAAACAAGUUCACUGUUUAUUUUUGCACAAAAUAGAUUCAAAUUCAUUGCUACCUUUCCUACCAUAGAUCUCAUCAUUAUUGCAAAUUUAUUUAAAGCGAGAUAAUAAUAUAAUAUAAUUAUAGUUCUCCAUUCAUCCCUCAAAUAAGAUGACCACUUUUUGAUUACUACAAUGGAAAUUUUAGUUGGUACAUUUUUUUACAAAAAUUAUUUACCAAGUGAAAUAGUGCAAUUGAAUAUAAUAACAUAAAAUGUUCUAAUUAAUUUUAAUAUGAAUUAUUUUACCUGUUAUUACUUAUUAUUAGAGAGUAGAUUUAUAUUUGUUAAAAGUUAACCAAAUAUGUGCUUAAAUAUCUUACAUAUGCAUAAAUAUAUAUAUAUUUAUAUGCACUAAAAUAUUUAAUUAUGCAUAACAAAAUUAGCAAAAUAAUUUAUUUUUUGAACAUUUAAUUAAACAAUAAAUUUAAAAUUAUGGAACCCUACUAUAAAUACUUUUCUUCACUUUUAUCAUUUUAUAGGUAGUUUUAUUGUAUAAGACUCCGGAUAACAUAUAUCUUGCAGCAUUUUAAUAAAAAUAAAAGUAAUAAAAAUGCAAAUUACAACAGAAAGCAUACACUAAGGCAACUGUAACACAACUGAAAUAAUUCCAAUGGUCAUAAUCCAUAUUUUCUUAUUUUGGUAUAUGUAUUUCACUGAUUAUUGAUCUAAGGUCAUAUUUGGGAAAACUGUUGAUACAGUUUAAAAACAAAAAACCAUAUACACUAAAAGAUGAAAUAUGCAAUUAAAAUUGUAAAAACAAUCCCUUAAAUCCCUUAAAAAAAAUGUCGAAAUAUGAACUAUAAAAGUUGAAUUUUUUUAAAAUUGUUAUGUCAUGAAACACAUUUUGUGCUUACUCAGCAUGUCCUAGGAUUAACUAGAAUAAAUAUGUAAAUGCAUACAAAUCUGUGCUCUCUCAUUAUUAUUUAUUUAUAUUUUUGGUAGGUACUAUUUAAUUUUUUUUAAAUUGGGAACGUACCUUACAAGGAACCUAUUGGUUUUACUAUGAUGUGUGUACCUGUAUUUUUUUUCAUUUUUUGUGUCUGACAAACCUUUCUACCACAAAAACUUGUUCCAUAGUAUAAACGGUAGCACGUUUCUGAAUGAUUAUUUUCUUUUAUUGGUAUAUUGGGGAGGUUAUUUUUGAUUUUUAAAAGGAUUUCUUUUCGAAAUAAUUGAGAAAACCAAACUACAAGCUAAAUAACAGCAAAUAUUUACAACACUACUCCUUUAAACAUUACUGGUUUCAUUUUUUUAUUAUGUCAACACAAUGUUUUCUACCAGAAAAAUUUUUUUAAUCAAAAAAAAAAAAAAAACAGAGUUAGUUGUUUUUUGAUACUAAAGUUAUUUUUCAUAAUAUUUGGGAAAAACCAAAAAAGAGGAAAUUAUGAUUUUUCAUUAUUUUACUAUAUAUUUUAUUAUAUAUUAAUUUUAUUAUUUAUUAUUUUUAUGGCUUAUAUUUUCUACUAUACAUAUUGCUCCAAUAGUUGUACAACAACAGACCUUUUUUAUUGUAUUUUUAAUCUUUUCACUUGUAAGUUUUUGGUUUUUUGAUUUUAUCUAGUAUCUAUAAAUAAUUGAGCAUAAUUAAAAAAACCAUGGAUAUUACUGAAAAAUGUACUGAAAAAAACCGAGAAUUUAAUAUUUUUAAUGUAAUUCAGUUUAAAAUAUUUUUAUUGACUUCAAAUGUUGACAGAAAACUUGUAUUUACUUUUGGUACUACAUGAUUUAACUUUCAAAAAAUUUGAGCUAUUUAAUAGAUAUUUAAAUUUCACUAAUUUUUUUUAAGGGUUCAUUAAUGUAUAUAUAAGAGAUCAAAAAAAAAAAAAAUUAGGUUAAAUUUAGGUUGGUACUGUUUUUCUUACUUAUAUGAGUUAAAAAUCAAAUUUUGAUGAAAAUUGUAAAUAUUACGCCCUUUCAUAACAUAUGUAACCGAACUUGGCUCCAUUCUUAAUUAAUUAGAAAUUUUAAAAAAAAAAAUCUAUCACUUGCAUUUUUCGAUUGAAAUAAUAUUUCUAGUUGGACAUAUUAAAAUAAUUAAAUCCUGGCUAUUAAUAUUGAUCAAUUUUUUUUUUGGUUUUUCCCAAUUAUUUGAAAAUUACUUUGGAUAUUGAUGAAUGACCUACUCUGUCAAGUAGCCAAAUAUUAGUAGAAACAAAAUUGACUUCUUUUCAUUUUUCAAUUGAAGUAAUAUUUCUGGUAGAAAAUUGAAAUAUAACACAAUGAAAACCUUAACACUAAAUAUUUGCCGGUUUUACCUAUAGUUUUCUAAUUGACCUCCCCAAUGCUCUAAUUAGAGAUAAUUAUCUUUCCGAAAAGGUACUAUAGUCUAUACUUCAGAGUGAGUUUGCUGUUAGAUAAGUUUUCACAGGCAGAAAAAAAAAAAAUUAAUUCCUCCCAACACUCCUUAAACAGUUAACGUAAUCCUAAUACAGCAAAAAAGUGGAAAUCUGAAAAUAAAUGUUGUAUUCUAUUUAUUUUAUUGCUUCAUUUGUAUUAGUAGAUAAAGUGUAUUUAUAAAUCACUAGACUAGCAAUGGUAAUGCAUAGUUGUGGUCUAUGAUUGAUCCACAAUCCACUCUGAUAGUCAUCUAUUUUUCCCUCCAAACCAUACUAGUUAGGGAACUGUUGCUCUAUAUAAGGCUUAUGGGUAAAUUUGAGACUGUGUUUAAAAUAAUACAAAUAUGUUAAGGAGGAUUGGCCUCUAUUAUUUUGUUAAAUUUAACUGAUUUAAUUUUUUUUUUAGGUAUGAUUUCUUUCUGGUAUCUCAGCAUGUAAAACAAGGAACUGUAACUCCCACUCAUUAUCAAGUUAUUGAAGAUACUCUUAAACUUCCUCCUGAUAUAAUGCAAAAACUUACAUAUAAAUUGACACAUAUGUACUACAAUUGGUCGGUUAGUAUUUAUUAUUACACAGAAUAAUAUUGAAAAAUAUUCUAUUUAUAAUGUGUACAAAUGUGUAUUUUAAUUUUCAUAGGGUACUGUUAGAGUUCCUGCUCCCUGUCAACUAGCUCAUAAGUUAGCAUUUCUCACUGGGCAGACACUCAAAACCUCUCCAAAUAAUAGUUUGGAUGAGCUUUUAUAUUAUUUAUAA